AGCUGCAGAUGUGUCGGGCUUAUGUCGGGCAUGCGCCUUGUUGCUGGCUGGAAAAUGCAACGAGGGACGCGGUUGUGAGGACAUGUACAGGGUCUUUCCGUCACCCUGUCGUAAGAUAACCACUGGCAACGGCUCAGUACCGGGUCAAAGGGCGUGCAGACAAGGAGAGAGAAUGCCUACGUUGGAUUCGCGAUCCAGCUGGAUUGAUGUUUGCGACCGUGCCUGGUACAGGUCCGCCAGAGUUCAAUUCCGCGAUCUGCAGCAUUUCCAGUGGUGGUUACCGCGUAGCAGUCAGUCUAUCCUUGGCACCGAGCCUUGCCCUUGGCCAUCCAGUGCAGAAAUAACAGCUGGAGGAGGAGGAGGAGGAGGAGCAGGAGGAAAGAGACGAGGGGGAUCACACAAACUCUGCCAAAUAGUCAGGUUCCCGGCUAUGGAUGCGGCAGUCAGGGGUGUACUCCAGGACCAGCUGUGCAGCAGGAGUGUCCUCUUUGAAAGGGGAGAGAAGAAGAUGAUUAGGGUAACGGUCCUCACCGCGAGGGUGGCGAUGGAUGGCUCAGCCAUCGGGGAAUGGCCCCGAGCGUUCCAUUCAAUUCCUUCAUGUAGGGGCGAGGGGGGUUAUCGAGGAUGGCGCAGGGUUUUGAAGGGCGUCCUUGCAAGCAGGGAAUCGUCUGUUGUGACUGCCAGAUCUUUGCGUGUAGAAGCGGAGGGAGGUGGCCAGUCGAUGGCUGUUCCUCCUCAACAAGAUGGAAGGCAUGGGGAAAAGGAGGCUACUGAGUCAGGCGCUGAAGCAAAGCGCAGGGGCUCCAGGGCAAGGGCCCCCUUAAGUCUUGAGCUGACAAUGGAGCAAGCUGCCAAGGAAGCCUUGGAUGAGCAUGCUAUUUUGAAAGGCAAAAAAAGGCUGGGCAAAAGGAGAGAGAAAAUGCUGGCACGAAGGGAGGAGAUGAUGCAAAAGGCUAGGGAAACUGAUCUCCUUGCAGAAUCGGACGGGGUUCUUGGGUUGGAGAACCCUUUCUCCCUUUCCUUAGCGAGGCCUUUCUCAACCUCGGCGAUUAGCCAACAGCAAUCAAGAUCAUCGUUAUCAAGAGUUGAUGGCAAGAACGGCAGCGGUGGCAGCAGUGCGCUUCUAGAACAACCCGAGCCGGUGCCGCGUCAUCUUCCGAUAAUGGUGAAGAAGCCAAUUAUGCCGAGCCGAUGGGACAGUCCAGGAGGGUGCGUGAUUCUUAUGGACAAACCAAAGGACUGGACUUCCUUUGCCGUUUGCGCAAGGGUUCGGAGCCUUGUGAAAGUGAAGAAGGUUGGCCAUGCAGGAACACUUGAUCCCAUGGCAACUGGCUUGCUGAUUUUGUGUGUCGGCAAGGCGACCAAACUCGUGGACAAUUAUCAGGCAUUGCAAAAGACCUAUACUGGCACAAUAAGGCUGGGAGAAGCGACGUCGUCGUAUGACGCAGAGACGGAUGUCGUCCAACAACUGCCAUGGGAGCAUAUAUCUGAUGAGGACAUUCAGGAUGCGGCGAAAAACUUCAUCGGGAACAUCAUGCAAGUUCCGCCAAUUUUUUCUGCGAUUAAAGUGAAAGGCGAGCGGCUCUACGAGAAAGGAAGGCGUGGAGAGACCAUAGAUAUACCCCCUCGGCCAUUGGUAGUCUACGAUUUCCAGCUCAAGAGAAGUAAGUCUAACAGGCAGCAUAUCGACUUCAAGGUCGAGUGUUCCAAAGGGACAUAUGUGCGAUCUUUGGCAAAUGAUCUGGGGCGGGCUCUGGGAAGCUGUGGGCAUCUUGUUGCACUUCGACGGGAGAAAAUCGGCGACUUUUCCGUCAGAUCGGCCUGGACAGUCGAUGAAUUCACCGAUAUGCAGAAGCAAAACUUGAACUAGGGUAGUGUACUAGCACGACAUGGAAGUUUUGGUUCUGCAAUUCACUCUCAACAAGUUGGCAGUAGCCUUUGACAGUGAGCUAUUAUUGUAAAGUCGUGAGCACGAGUUAAGUUGGAGGGACGAAGUGCUGUUUCCUUUGGCGGCUUUUCACAGAAUGGAAUGUUGCCCUCACCCAAAUGCAUCAAAUUUGAUUUUCCUUUUUCUUCCAGAGAAAAAAAACUUCAGAAAACCCUACUCAAAUCCAACCAUGGCAGCGAUCCGGAUCUCCAGACAGGUAUCCUGACCAUCUGGAGUCUGGUGUCUGGCCCACCUAUCUGGAUCCCGGUCUGGACUGGAGACCCUGUGGCCAACAGCCAAAUUUAUUUUGCGUGGCUCAGGGCGUUUCGUCACGCCCCGGGCGCCAACAAAAAAUUGCCUUUAUUGUUUUCAGGCCCUGCCUAGCAUCCGGCAGGACUGGAGUUUCUCUUUUCUGUUCUUGUGAAGGCGGCCCGCUGGAGUGCAAGCAGGCUUCAACUUCGAAGGCCUCAUUGUACGUUCGGCCGCCCCUCCCAACUUCGAGUUUCUCUCAAGCCUGCUUGCACUGCUGCCAUCGCCUGUGACGGGGGAGCAAGAAGUGGGUCAACGAGGAGGCCACAGCAGGCGAGGAGCACACGCACAGCACACACAGCAAGGGUAGCGCGAGGAGCCCAGCGAGGAGCAGCGUCAAGCAGGAUGCCGAAAGGGGGUGCAGAUUCCAUGCCACCAAGGGACACUUUGAGCAGCUUGGCGUAGUUGGGAUGCGAAGAAGGGCGACUGCAGAUGCCGUUGUGUUUUUUUUUUUUUUUUUUUUUAAUACAUCCAGAGUCCAGACAUAUAUGGCCAUCGGGAUAUGGUUCCGGACAGGUACAUCCGGAGAUGACCAGAAACCGGUCCACCCGAUCAAGCCAUGAAAUCCGGUGUCUUGUGCCCAGUGUCUGGUUUUGUCCGCGUUACUUGUCCGCCGCUGCCAUGAAUGCAACCGACCGCCAAGAAAGGAAAUGUUGAGGAAUCACUUUUAAUCAGAGCCUAAAAGAAGGGUGCGUGGGGGGGGUAGCGGAGGGGCUGGGGGGGGACAUAAGAUUCCUAUUAAUUAAACUUAGUAAAGUUAGUUUCCUACU